CACGAUCCUAGGGCUUGAAGACUGGCGCGCCACCGCCGCCAUGAUCAAGAAAUCCUAUCGCCGGAUGGCGCGGACUUUGCAUCCUGACAAGGCGUCGUCGGAGGAAGAGAGGGGAAGCGCGAAUUUAGCGAUGCAGCAGCUUAAUGCUACGAGGGAUGUGCUGUUGGAUGCUAGGGCGAGGGAGGAGUAUCAUGAGACGGGGGUUGUGCCUUGGGUUGUUUGAGAGUCUUGGGGUGGCGGGUCUUGUAUAUGUGCGAAUGUAGGGAAAAGAUUGAUGCUUGUUUUGACAUGGAAAGGCUGGUGCAUGUACACGUCUGCGGUGUCGUCUGUCGAUAGCUACAACAUGUUUCUCGAACUGUGGAAAGGGAAGACGCAGGCAACUAAUACUUGGUUUCGCAGAGUCUUGUCUGGUUGGCUCAAUGGCAUCGCG